UUGAUGGUGACGUCAUUAGAGAAAAACAACACUUGGGUGAGGAAGUGUUUUCUCUCGGCGCAGUUCGGAGCUCCGCUUCUCCGGAACUUUCCUCUUCUGAGCGCCUUCUCUUCUGUCUUUAGAUAGAUGUAAGUGAAAGUAAAACUCAGCGUCGCCAUUUUGUGUCGCAGCGAAAAUAAAAGGCCGAGGAGUAAAAACACGGUGAGAAUCAUCUGUCCUGCUGGAAUCUGGAGAAGAAACAUGGGUUCCACCACGAGUGUGCCUGAAAAUCAGGACGAGAGCGUGAUGGAGGGAAAGAGAUCAGACUCCCCAGAACCCAGCUGUGCGUCCGAGAACAGUGACGCGUCAAUGGAACCUCCAGCUACCUUCAGAGCCGGACACAUGUCUGCUUAUCCGAUCGUGAUGGAGGGAAAGAGAUCAGACUCCCCAGAACCCAGCUGUGUGUCCGAGAACAGUGACGCGUCAAUGGAACCUCCAGCUACCUUCAGAGCCGGACACAUGUCUGCUUAUCCGAUCGUGAUGGAGGGAAUGAGAUCAGACUCCCCAGAACCCAGCUGUGUGUCCUUUAAGAGUGGCUGGUCAAUGGAACCUCCACCUACCUUCGGAACCGGACACAGGUCUGCUUAUCUGAGGCUGCGUGGGUGUAAUCUCUCAGAGGAAAGCUGUAGAGCUCUGUCCUCAGUUCUCAGCUCCACCUCCUCCAGACUGAGAGAACUGGACCUGAGUUACAAUAAACUGCAGGAUUCAGGAGUGAAGCUGCUCUCUGCUGGACUGAAGAACCCACACUGUACACUGGAGAUACUGAGUCUGUGUAAGUGUGAUCUCUCAGAGGAAAGCUGUAGAGCUCUGUCCUCAGUUCUCAGCUCCACCUCCUCCAGACUGAGAGAACUGGACCUGAGUAACAAUAACCUGCAGGAUUCAGGAGUGACGCUGCUCUCUGCUGGACUGAAGAACCCACACUGUACACUGGAGAUACUGAGGUUGUGUUUGUGUGAUCUCUCAGAGGAAAGCUGUAGAGUUCUGUCCUCAGUUCUCAGCUCCACCUCCUCCAGACUGAGAGAACUGGACCUGAGUUACAAUAAACUGCAGGAUUCAGGAGUGACGCUGCUCUCUGCUGGACUGAAGAACCCACACUGUACACUGGAGAUACUGAGACUGGCGUGCUGCAGAGUUACAGAAGAAGGUUGUGCCGCUUUGGCUUCAGCUCUGAGAUCAAACUCCUCACAGCUGAGAGAACUGGAUCUGUUCGCUAAUAAUCCAGGAGAAUCAGGAGUGAAGCUGCUCUCUGAUCUACUGGAGGAUCCACACUGUACACUGGACACACUGGACAUGUAGGGAAAACACCCCUUUAGGUUUUUUUAAGACGAGGGAGACCCGUCACACAUUUCAACCCAGUUCCGUGGAGUUUUGUCCGUCCUCACAGUGAAGAUCUUCAGCAGUAACCGUGAUGGACCCCAUGCUUUAUUCCACUCAGCUACACGUCACUGCAGGAUUUUAUAUCGUAAUAUUACAGUCCAGUAUUGACACACACCGCAGUGACAUCAUCAUCAUCAUCACCACCAAGAGUGGUGCGCAAGAGUGUGUGCGCGAGUUUAGGAGUGCACCUCCACUCAUUGACGGACAGUGUUUGAUAACUUAAACCCCCCACCCCCACCCCCCUUUGACAGUAUCAGCCAGAGGAGGAUGUCCACCAGGAGAGUUUAUUUUAUUUUAUUUUUAAAAUUUUAUUUACAGAGUAAAAACUCAAUUUUAUUUUAAGAGUGCGCACGAAUCUGCCUUUCUCCUAGUGAAGUUCACAACGUGCCUGGACUUGAUUAUUUUGUAGUUAACGGAGAAACUAGCGUCUUUACUAACUGCUUUAUAAAUAAUAAUAAUGUUGUGUGUAACAGCAUCAUGAUUUAAUCUGAUUAUAUGAAAAAUGUACAUUUACUCUUUAUAUAAACCUGUUAUUAUCUGCACAUUUACUUUAUAUACUCAUCUACAGUUCUAAUAAAAAUUACUGAGAGUCUG